CUACCAAGCCAAGCCCAGAGGCAGAGAGAGAGUGUUGACAACAGCAAACCCAAUUCUUCUUCACACAUCUUCUCACGCAAUUGACACAAUUAACAAACACCCAUUUCUCUGCAAUGCUCAAAAUCCUCAACAGAAACCUCAAGCGACUCUGUUCUAAACUCCGGUGGCCGAUUCACCCCCGUCAAAAACCCAAAAUCAUCAUCCAAAAGUUGGGAAAAUCAAACUCCAAAUCUCAUCCCAAUUCAAACCAAGACACCAUCCCAAAUGGGUCAGCAACUGUUCAUCCAAACACUCAAUCAAACACCGAAAAACCCCAAGAAAAGCCGAUUCGCAUAGCCACAUUCAAUGCUGCCCUGUUUUGCAUGGCACCUGCAAUUCCAAAGACUGAGAGCUCAAAUGAAGAUCAACCCAAUUCCAACCAAUCAAUCGAUUACAAUUCCAGAAUAAAAUCAACGAAUGAUCGGCUAAAGAGCAUACUGAAGCAAGCUCCCCUGUUUCCCAAUUCCAUGAAUGAUUCUGAAAAUCUCUCUAAGCAACAAAAAUUUGCAAAAUCAAAGUUACGGGUUUCGAUCAAUUUACCUGAUAACGAAAUAUCAUUGAUGCGAAGCGCGCAAUUAAGCUUUGGAAAUGAAGAAAACGAAGCUUCUUCGAGCAAAAACACAAAUAUAAAUAUGAAGGGGAAAAGUAGUGUGAGAUCACAGAGGUAUUCGAGUAAUAAAACGAUUGUUGAAGUGUUGAGAGAGGUUGAGGCUGAUAUAUUGGGAUUGCAAGAUGUGAAAGCGGAGGAAGAGAAAGGUAUGAAGCCUUUGGCUGAUUUGGCUGAGGCUUUGGGGAUGAAUUAUGUGUUUGCUGAGAGUUGGGCUCCAGAGUAUGGCAACGCCGUGUUGUCGAAAUGGCCGAUUAAGCGAUGGAAUGUUCAGAAGAUUUUCGAUGACUCUGAUUUCAGGAAUGUUUUGAAGGUGACGGUAGAUGUUCCCUGGGCAGGUGAAGUGAACUUUCACUGUACCUACCUUGACCAUCUGGACGAAAACUGGCGAAUGAAGCAGAUAAAUGCAAUAAUCCAAUCUCAUGACGGGCCAAAUAUUUUAGCCGGAGGACUCAAUUCUCUUGAUGAAACAGAUUACUCACCAGAAAGAUGGACAGACAUUGUAAAGUAUUAUGAAGAAAUGGGAAAGCCAACACCAAAAGUUGAGGUGAUGAGAUUUUUGAAGAGUAAACAGUAUACAGAUGCUAAGGACUUUGCUGGGGAAUGCGAACCAGUUGUCAUGAUUGCCAAAGGCCAAAGUGUACAAGGGACUUGCAAAUAUGGGACUCGAGUGGAUUAUAUAUUGGCAUCAUCAAACUCAUCGUACAAGUUUGUUCCAGGCUCAUACUCUGUGUUUUCAUCCAAGGGGACUUCAGAUCAUCACAUAGUGAAAGUUGACGUGUUAAAAGGAGAGAGCAAUGCUCAACAACAUGGCAAUAGGAAGAGAAGACAACCUAAACAGAGAAUUGUAAAGAUAACCAACUCUUCUUCAAAGGGUAUAUGGAAAACAUAUGGAGAGAGAUAGAUAGAAAGAUAGAUCGGUCUCUUUCUUCUCUCUUUAAAAACUAUUCAGUGUUGUUUGGUGCACGACUAAGGAUCUUUUGUUCCUAAAUGUCAAUAUCCUUUCUCAUGUCUCUCUUUCUCUUGCUGUGUAAAAAUUAUUUUGCUCGAUAA